GGGCUGCAGGUGGGGCGGAACAGAGGCGCCUCUUUCCCUUCCUGUCGCCUGCGAAGUGCAGUUUAGGAGCUCUGUGUAGUCGUAGGCACUUCCACCCGGAGAAAGUGAGGCUGCCAUCAUCUUUUCUGUCAGGGAGGUGAGUCAACUCCGCGCCCCACGACCCUUCCAGGACUUUUCAGCCUGAGCGUGGGUCUCGCCACGACCUACGUCUGUCCUAGGAAGAAGCAGCCGCGGCCACCUUCGGAGGUUGAGAGGCGGAGGGAACGCGGCAGUUGUGGUUCCCUCAACACUUUCCUCACAUACCUGCCAGCUCUGUUACUUCUAUCCAGAAGGAUUGAGUCACCCGAGUACCUGGGGAUGUCCACUGCAAUUUAUCCGGGAGAGAGAGACAAUCCAGAUAACUCACCACCACCUUUUCUUCACCUUCCCUGAGUUCGGAAAGAGGAGGAAGGAGAAACUUCCUGGCUUCCGACAGCAGAGUCCCAGUUAUACGUUCUCAGAACUCUGAUUUUCUGAAGAAGGAACAGAAAAAAAUGACCAAGUUUCAGGAGGCAGUGACCUUCAAGGACGUGGCUGUGGUCUUCACCAAGGAGGAGCUGGGCCUGCUGAACUCUGCACAGAGGAAACUGUAUCGAGAUGUGAUGAUGGAAAACUUCAAGAAUUUGGUCUCAGUAGGCCAUGAUCCCUUCAAACCAGAUAUGUUAUUCCAGCUGGAAGCAGAAGAAAAGCUUUGGAUGAUGGAGACUGAAACCCAAAGUGGUUAUUCUGGUGAGAACUCUGUGGCUAUUCUUUCAGGCGGCAAGAAUCAAAACGAGAUGGAGACUCUUCGUAAAGUUGUAUUAAAAUACCUUUCACAUGAAGAGUUAUCCUGCUGGCAGAUAUGGAAACAAGUUGCAAAUGAAUUAACUAGGAAGCAAGAUUCCAUGAUGAAUAUUCAAGGAAAGAGUUCCCAGUUACUACAAGGUGUUGGUGUUCGAGUUUCUGAAAAUGAGACCUGUAUAAUGAAUCAUAAAGGAGAUAGCUUCACUUAUAUUGAAAAUAAAGAAUUGUUGUCUUUGAGAACCCAGGAUUCUUGGAGGAAAAUAUGUCUGAGUAAUUCACAGAAUCAGAGUAGAGGUAAAGAAAUUAACAUGAAAAAUGAUCUGUGUAUAUGUGAAGACUUCAUGAAGAAAUCACCCCUUAAUGAGCAUCUUAAAACUGACACAGAACAGAAGAAACCCUACAAAUGUAAUGAAUGUGGUAAAAACAUUAGCGAUGGCUCCAAUCAGCAGUUACCCUUUGAAAAGUCCCGUACAUGUAAUGAGUGUGGAAAGAACUUUAAUUACAGUGCAGUGUUUCCUGUUCUUCAGAGUAUUCACAAAGGAGAGAAAUGCUUCAGUCAGAGCUCACCUCUGCAAACUCAUGGGAGGAAUCACCCAGCAGAGAAACUUGACAAAUGUCAUGUAUCUGGAGAUUGUUAUAAUAAGAGCCUUCUUCAUGCUCAUCAAUCUAACCAUACAGGAGAGAAGUCCUACAGAUGUGACAACUGCAGCAAGGGAUUCAGUAGCAGCACAGGUCUUAUCAUUCAUUACAGAACUCACACUGGAGAGAAGCCUUAUAAAUGUGAGGAGUGUGGAAAAUGCUUUAGUCAAAGUUCAAAUUUUCAAUGCCAUCAGCGAGUCCACACUGAAGAAAAACCAUACAAAUGUGAAGAGUGUGGUAAGGGCUUUGGUUGGAGUGUUAAUCUUCGUGUUCAUCAGAGGGUUCACAGGGGUGAGAAACCGUAUAAAUGUGAGGAGUGUGGUAAAGGCUUCACUCAGGCUGCACAUUUUCACAUACAUCAGAGGGUCCACACUGGGGAGAAACCUUAUAAAUGCAACAUCUGUGGUAAGGGUUUCAGUCACAAUUCACCCUUAAUAUGCCAUCGGAGAGUUCACACAGGAGAGAAACCAUAUAAAUGUGAGGCAUGUGGGAAAGGUUUUACCCGUAAUACAGAUCUUCAUAUUCAUUAUAGAGUUCACACAGGAGAGAAACCCUAUAAAUGUAAGGAGUGUGGUAAGGGCUUCAGUCAGGCUUCAAAUCUUCAAGUCCAUCAGAAUGUCCACACUGGGGAGAAGCGAUUCAAAUGUGAAAUGUGUGGUAAGGGCUUCAGUCAGUCCUCAAAGCUGCAAACCCAUCAGAGAGUCCACACUGGAGAGAAACCAUACAAAUGUGAUGUGUGUGGUAAGGACUUCAGUUAUAGUUCAAAUCUUAAAGUGCAUCAAGUAAUUCACACUGGAGAAAAACCAUAUAAGUGUGAGGAGUGCGGGAAAGGCUUCAGUUGGAGAUCAAAUCUUCAUGCUCAUCAGAGAGUCCACUCAGGAGAGAAACCCUAUAAGUGUGAAGAGUGUGAUAAGAGCUUCAGUCAGGCCAUAGAUUUUCGGGUACAUCAAAGAGUCCAUACAGGAGAGAAACCAUACAGAUGUGAUGUGUGUGGGAAGGGUUUCAGUCAGUCCUCAGGUCUUCAGUCUCAUCAGAGAGUCCACACUGGGGAGAAGCCAUAUAAAUGCAAUGUCUGUGGAAAGGGCUUUAGAUAUAGCUCACAGUUUAUAUACCACCAGAGAGGCCAUACUGGAGAGAAACCUUACAAAUGUGAGGAGUGUGGGAAAGGCUUUGGUAGGAGUUUGAAUCUUCGCCAUCAUCAGAGGGUCCACACUGGAGAGAAACCUCAUAAAUGUGGAGAGUGUGGUAAGGCCUUCAGUCUCCCCUCAAAUCUUCGAGUCCAUCUGAGUGUACACACUAGGGAGAAGCUAUUUAAAUGUGAGGAGUGUGGUAAGAGCUUCAAUCAGAGCUCACGUCUUCAAGCCCAUCAGAGAGUCCACACUGGAGAAAAACCAUACAAAUGUGAGGUGUGUGGUAAGGACUUCAAUCACCGUUCACGUCUUACGUAUCAUCAGAAAGUCCACACUGGCAAGAAUCUUUAGAAAUAUGAAAUGUGGUAUUGGGUUUAAUCAGAAAUUAACAUCUUCAAAUUCUUGAAGUCCAUGUGGUGAUAAACUCUUGAAGGUAUUGAGAGUGGAAGGGGAUUUUUUCAGACUCAGAAUCUUUAUAACAGAUACAUUAAAGUAAUGCUAUGGAACUCAUAUUAGGGAAGAAACAGGUUUAGCCCUGGACUGUGUUUCUUUUUCUUUAAUUUUUAUAUUUAUUAUAGUGACUUAUUUUUAUUAAAGCUGUAAAGCUAUGAAAAAUGAAUAAAAUUGUUGACUAAAGAUUUUCUGUAGUAAAGGAUUCAUAAUAUGAUUGCUUUAUCUCUUGUGGUAUAUAGGCCUAAAUUAAGGAAUAUGUCUCCAGAGAUGGAUCUUUGAUCUUCAAAAAUAAGAUUGCAUCUGUCAUGGUGGUAUAUGAAAGGUAGUUCAUUGUAUCAAUGUAUUUAAUAGCAACCAUAGAAAUCACCAAUUGGAUUGCCAAAGUAUUCUGUGGUUUAUGGAUACAUUGGGACACUAUACAGACAUGAAAUGGGAGAAGGUAAAUUUGUAGUUGUGGAUAUUGGAAGACAUCCAGAAUGUA